UUAAAUGGCACCGAGCAGUUGGCGUGGGGAGAGGGAACAGCCGUCCCCGAGCCGCACACACGUCCCGGAGCCCCCCGAGCGCCCAUGGAGCUCUUCGAGACCAACCCUUACUUCUUCCCGGAGCAGAGGUUUUACGACGGGGAGAAUUUCCUGGGCUCCCGCUAUGAGCCGGCGGCGUUCCCCGAGCGCGCCGAGGCCUCCCUGUGCCCCGAGGGCAGGGCGGCUCUGGAGGAGAAGGACUCGGUGGGCGAGCACUGCCCCGGGCAGUGCCUGCCCUGGGCCUGCAAGGUGUGCAAGAGGAAGACGGUGUCCAUGGACCGGCGCAGAGCGGCCACGCUGCGGGAGAAGCGGCGGCUCAAGAAGGUGAACGAGGCGUUCGAGGCGCUGAAGCGCAGCACCCUCCUGAACCCCAACCAGCGGCUGCCCAAGGUGGAGAUCCUGCGCAGCGCCAUCCAGUACAUCGAGCGGCUGCAGAGCCUGCUCAGCUCCCUCAACCAGCAGGAGCGGGAGCAGCGGGAGCUGCGCUUCCGCCCCCAGCCCGCGGCGACCAGUGAGUGCGGAUCUGGCCGCUCGUCCUGCAGCCCCGAGUGGAGCACCCAGCUGGAGUUUGGCACCAACCCUGCAGAUCCCCUCCUGGCCGAGGAGGCGGCAGAGGAGCGCGACCUGCCCUCGCUGUCCUCGCUCGUGGAGAGCAUCGCCGGGGACGGCGCGGCCGCGACCUUCCGGGAGGAGCGGGGCCAGAACUGAGCCGGCACGGACCCCCGGGGCCGGGAGGGAGGCGCUGGAAGGGUCCGGCCGCCGGGAAUCACAGUCACCCCUCCGGCAGCGCUGGAACCGCUCGCCUCCUCCCCGCUCCCCGCGGAACGCUCCGCCCGACCCGGGAACGAGACCGGGGAGAGGUGGGAUGUUGGCAGUGCCCAGCCCUUGGCGCCGGGCUCUGCUCUGCUCCCCAGUCUGGGGGUUUUGGGGGCCAAUGUGUGUGCUGGGUUCGCUUUGCUGGUGUUUUUUCCCAGAUGCUCCUUGACCAAGGGCUCUCUCCGACCCGGAGCCUGCCCCGCCUUUUCUACUCAGCGCUGUGUGCAGUUGCCAUUUAGGGGUUUGGUUUUUUUAAUUAUUAUUUUUGCUAACUUAUUUGGAUUUUUUUUUUUUUUAAUAAAGGCAUUCUUGUUUGGACUGCUUGGGGUUUUCCUUUAGUGCUGUUCCCCUUUGUGCAGGCUGCCCCAAUUCCCAGGUCGGA